CGGCGCGCGCUCCCGCCGCCUGCCCCGCCCCGCCGCGGCCGUGCUCCCGCCCCAAGCUCCCGCCGCGCCUUCCCAUGGCCCUGAAGCGGAUACAGAAAGAACUAAGUGAUCUGCAGCGAGACCCACCAGCCCACUGUUCUGCUGGACCUGUUGGAGAUGACUUGUUUCAUUGGCAAGCAACUAUUAUGGGACCUCCUGAUAGUGCUUAUCAAGGGGGAGUAUUUUUUCUCACAGUACACUUUCCAACAGACUAUCCUUUCAAACCACCAAAGAUUGCUUUUACCACAAAAAUAUAUCACCCAAACAUAAACAGUAAUGGGAGUAUUUGUCUUGAUAUCUUGAGAUCACAAUGGUCACCAGCUCUGACUGUUUCUAAAGUUUUAUUGUCCAUAUGCUCCUUACUUUGUGAUCCUAAUCCAGAUGAUCCUUUAGUACCAGAUAUUGCACAGAUCUACAAGUCAGACAAGGAAAACAUUUCUCUCUGGAUGACUCAGAAGAAAGUGAAUCCAGUCUGAAGAGUGGAAUGUAGCAAAUAUAAGGACCAGAGGGGAAGUUAUCAACUCUCUAAGGACAUUUACCUUUGGGAUUAUGGAAUUAUAAGAUAAUCAGCUUCAUACGAGAAGGAAAAGACCCAAGACUUAAAACCUAGUAAAAAAUGCUUUUUGGAAAAUUUUCUUUUCGAGUUCUGAAAUGCAGCUGGCAGUGCAGAAUGGAGAAUAAAAUCCCAGUUAAUUUUACUGAAUUUUAUGGAACUAAAGUGUGUAAACUUUGUUAGACUCAUAAUAGCAUAUGCCUUUAAUAGUAAUUGACAACAAAUUCCUGUUAAGGUGCAAAUAAGGGAACCAGCUGUGAAACACAAAUGAAGGAUGCACAAUGCUACACAAUUUAAUGCAAACCUAUGAAGUUGGGUUAGAGCCUGAAUAGCUGAUAGGUGACCUUAGAAACUGAAUGUGUAGUGGGUAUAUACUUCUUGGCUUUUAGACUAUUUUAAUGUUCUUUGACUCAAUGCUCAGAGGUGAAAAGCUCAAUAACACCUAUAUUAAGUAAAUACGUGGCCAUUGUCAAUGUAUCACUAACAGCUCUUCACUGUAAUGCCUUCUUUCUGCACGUACAGAUACAACAGACAUGCAAGAGAAUGGACUCAGAAAUAUGCAAUGUAAAGUUUUGAAGACAUUUUCAUAUACCACAGAGUACUGUAAAUUCUAGUUUUUUUUCAAAAUUAGAAGGAAAUGGAGCACAGUUUAUGGUUUCAGUGUGACACCCCUUGAAUUUUUUUUCACCCAUGUAAGUGUGUUUCUGGAGCAAGGGAGAGCAAACUUCCAAAAACAACCUUAUGACUGUGAUAAGAAUAUUUAUCCUCUUUGUAUGCUUUACAGAAGACAUUUAUUAUAGUUUUUAGGAGUUGGACACCUGCAUCUUCAGACUACAAGAUCCAUAAUGCAGUUGUAAAUCAACCAAAUUAUUUUUGCUGGAAAAAGAGCUGUUUUCAUGUGAUGAAUACUGUAUGUAUGUCAUUCAAGUAUAUGGUCUGUUUCAUAACUGUGUUUAAGUUUCUUUUUGUUAGUUCUGUUACAUAAUUUGGUUUUUUUUUUACUGUAUAGACGAUUCUAUUUACAAUGUAAGUCAUUUAAUUUUAGACUUGCUUGUGCACAGUAUUGACAAGAUAUACCUGCUCAUAGUGAAAAUAAUUGGAGUAUUUCACCUAUUAGAAUAUUCUGAAGACUGACUGCAGACUUCUUAAAACCUAAAAUGAUCUUUGCGCUCUAAAUCUUUGUAUGCUGAUUAUGGAGAAACACUUGGUUUUGAUUCUGUUGCAUACUCAAUUUCAUUGCAAUGUGAACUAAUUGCACUGGUAUGUAGAAAGAUAUGUAAUGUUUUGUUGCUAUUCACAACUGAUUUUUGAUGUGUAGGCAACAUAACACCAUCACAGACCUUUUACAAAUCCAGAUGUAGCCUUUUCCAUAUAAAUAAAAUACAUUUUCUACUUUCCUUGGCUAAUUUUUUAAUCUUAACUCAUGCAUAUCCUUAAAGUACUUGUUCUAACAUUCUAACAGAGAAUUGCCAGUAGUGUGUAUGUGUCUUGUAGACAGAAUGUUCAAUAAAGCCAUGCAUCAUGUACUA